CAGGGAGGUUUCCUUAGAUGACAACACAUCUCAGAACAUUACUGCUAAUUCUGCUUUAGACUAAAUCUACAGAUUUAGACAAACAAAAAAGUGACUUUUAAAACAAACAAAGAGAGGACUGGGAUAUUUGCUGGAUAUUUCUCGGACUGGAUUACCUCUGUUUUUCUUAGGUGGCUUUGUCAUCCUGAACCACAAGGCUGGAGAAAUGACAGCAGUGAAGGCUGUGAUCCUGUGGGCUCUGUGUUUCUGUCUGCUCACACAGGGCUACCUGGGCAGUAUGGAAACAACUGACAGAGGCUGCAUGAAAUGGACCCUGAGCGGGGCAAAUGUUUGCUGUGAAGCCUGCCAUCCAGGAAAUCGCCUGAUAGCACGUUGUGGUCCAAACCCUAAAGACCUUUGUGAGCCUUGUAAGACUGGGACAUUCACAGUGAACCCUUUAGCCUACCGGUGUGACAGGUGUAGAGGAUGUUAUGGCGCUUUAGUCCUCCUCAAAGAAUGUACAGCCACAACUAACACCAAGUGUGGCUGUAAAGAAGGACUCAUCUGUGGUGAUGACCACUGUUCCUUUUGUGUUACACGGUGUGACAAAGGCCAAGAACCCACAGAGGAUCGUUUAUGCAGACCAUGUCCAGAUGGAACAUUCAAUGACCAAGUUCACCAGAAGUGUAAACCCUGGAGUACCAAGUGUCCCAGUGAGGGUCAGCAUAUUGUGGCCAAGGGAGAUGCAUUUACUGACAUGAAGUGUAGUAACAUUUCAGUCGCUUUAUCAAACAGACCCAUCCAUCCUGACCCAAAUGAACAGGCAUGGCCACUGAUCUUAUCUGUGGUCGUCAGCGUGGCUCUGAUGGGCUUCACCGUGAUCAUCAUCAUCACUGUCGCAAGGAAAAUCGCCAAGAAAAGAAAGAAGACAAAAAAGGCAAUACCAAAAACACCAAUCAUUAGAACCCCUACAGAUGACCCUAGGACAUUAAUAGCAAUAGAGUGCAGUUUUCAUGAGGCACAGCAAGAGCAGGGCAGCAGCUCAGAGUCACUGGACUCCAAGGACUCCUCAGACCAGCUCAUUGAAUGAAUGGAAGGGAAUCAGUCAAGACACCUGGUAUGGUUUUGUUCAAUUCCAACAAAGGAAACAGGAUAUUCUGAAUAAUAUGCGGUCCUUCUCUGUGACUUUGAGCCCCAGGUUUAGAAAAUGUCUUUGUUGUACCAGUUUGCUUGGGUCUAAAUGAAAGAAACAGGACAAUGUGUUCCCAUAGCUGCCUUUUAUUUACCCUCUAUUCAUUGAUCAAAAUAGCUUAAGUUACUGUGAAUAAUCCUGGGAGGAGAGGUUGGAUGUAAUAUUUUGCUCAGGAAAGUCACCAGGAUACAACUAUCUUGACUUUUCAAUGAUACAAGAAAAUUACACCUGGGAACAAGGGGAAUUCUGGUAAGGAAAAACUGGACUUACAAGUCCAUUCAUCAUGCAAAUGAUAGCAGACAGUCAACCAGGGUUUCUCCUCCAGUUAAGCUCAGAAAUAGCCCUAAAUGGUGCGGGAAGGUUUUAAAUCAUUGGUCUGAGGUUGGCACCUGAUAAUGGUAAAACAAUACGCCUUAGAUUAAUAAGCAAAAGCUUCUUUUUAACAAUAUUUAAACUACUUUUAAAUAAAGUUGCUGAAUUUGUGCUAGUAAAUGAGUUUUGCUACUCUGGUAUUUGCAUAUCUGAGCCAUAAAGCUGCUGAGCGUUGUUCUGUGUGAAUGGUGGGCGUUCAGGUCGGAGUAAAGUCUAACAGAUGGAUUUUAGUCAUGCCCAAUACUGAGCCCACAUAUGCCUCUAAAAAUAGAUCAUUUGUUUUACUCAGGCGCCAAUUCUCAACCCAGUUACUUACCAUUUUACUGCUGAAUUUGUACAACCAACCAACCAAACCAGGGCAAUGCUACGUCAAAGACUUUUUGUGGUGAUAUGAUUUAUCAGAGAUUUUAUCGUUGUUUGUCAGAAGAUGCUAACUUUGUUUCACAGGUUACUGUAUAAGAUAACUUGAUUUGAUUUAUUCUUUCAAACAUGCAGAACAGAACAAAUGACAGCAACACACACAUAAUUACCCAU